AUGUUAAACAGCCCGGAGCUAUCCAGCUCAGCGCAUUAUCCAUCUUCGACCGGUUCCCUCCCCCAAUUUCUCCCUGUUCUUCUCUGGAAAAUUGAAAGGAGUGAUGCAAUGUCGCUCCCAGGGUUAGAAUUGACACAACCCUCGGAGGAGAGGCAGCUCGCCGUAGCGCCGCCAUCGCAAAUUUCCUUGAACCCUGGCUCAGAGUGGAGAUUCGAAGUCGCAUUUGGGCACCUCGUUAAAGUGAAGCUUCUUAGUGGCACAGCAGAGCUCUUCGGAACGGAGCUCGCACAAUUGCAGACAUACACCUUCCACGGGACGAAAGGCGCAAUCUACACAUGGCAUGGCUGUGAGUUGGAAGUCAGCGCCGGAGAGACGGUUGCUUUGUCGACUGAUGGUCUUACGACGACGGCCGGACACGGCGCCGGCGGCUGCCAGAAGACUUUGCGAGAAGAGGCCCAGUCGGUAGGCAAGGAUGGCCCUCGUGUUUUGUUGCUGGGUCCUGAGAACGCCGGCAAAACCAGCCUGGCCAAGAUCUUGACAGCCUACGCUGUUAAGGUCGGUCGCCAGCCGCUGGUGGUCAACCUGGACCCGACCGAGGGCAUGCUCAGUGUCCCUGGAACCUUGACUGCAACUGCUUUCCGGACGAUGCUGGACAUUGAGGAAGGUUGGGGCAGCAGUCCCAUGUCUGGGCCGAGCCCUGUGCCAGUGAAACUUCCGCUGGUUUAUAGUUAUCCGAUGCCCAAUCCGCUCGACGCUGAAGGCGUAAUUUACAGGCCCAUUGUGUCUCGCCUGGCACUUUCAGUAACAGGCCGUAUGGCUGAGGAUGAAGACGCACGCGAGGCAGGGAUCAUCGUCGAUACGCCAGGCAUCCUGAGCAGCGGCAAACCAGGAAGUCUCGAGCUGAUCAAUCACAUCGUGACCGAAUUCGCCAUCACGACGAUACUGGUCAUUGGUUCUGAGCGCCUCUACAGCGCCAUGGUCAAGCAGUACGACGACAAGCCUAGUUCUAGCGCCACGGCGGCCGUCUUCGACGAACGCGUCUCCGUCGUGAAGCUGUCCAAGUCGGGCGGCUGUGUUGACCGCGACGCCGCUUUCCACAAAGCAACGCGCGAAUCGCAAAUCCGUUCUUACUUCUUCGGCAACCCAAUUGCUACCACCGGCACAUCAGCGCUUUCCCUCUCCUCAUCUUCCGCCGUUACUCUCUCCCCUCAUGCUCAGCAACUCGAUUUCGCCGCUCUCCCGGUCUACAGCUACACCGAUACAUCGGCAGACGACGAAGACGAAGACGAGUACGACCCUUCUCAACUCGACUCUUUCCUUCCAGGUGGGGGCUCAGAAGACUACACGCCCCAAGAACUCGACAACGGCACAUACCACCCCGGCAUGGGCGACGCGAACCACACACCACAGAGCAACGUCCCGUUAAAGAGGAUCCUGCCGCCCGCUCCCUCCACCCUCGCCAAUACCCUUCUUGCAAUUACCAAUGCUCCCACCACAGCAUCACCCUCCGAAGUCCGCGACGCUAGCAUCAUGGGCUUCCUCUAUGUCGCUGACGUCGACGCUGACAAGGGUAAGAUCCGUGUGCUCGCCCCAGUUGGUGGACGCGUCCCACCGCGCGCAAUCAUCUGGUCUCAAGCGUUUGCCCGGUGA